UGCAGAUACAACAGUCUAAAUAUGUUAGUACAUAAUCAGAAAGCCAUAUAAUAGGGAACCACAUUAAGAAAAUUAACAAUAUAAACGAUGACAAAUUUUAUAAAGGAAAAAGUGCCACGGUAUAUGCAAUAUGUUACAGUUUUCUCUGCCAGUUUAGCAUCUUUUUGUGCCUUAAUGGUAGGUACGUGGGCCUCCCCUUCCAUCCCUAGGUUGCUGUCAAAAAAUUCACCGAUCGGUGUAACUUUAAACCAUCAGGAGGCAUCUUGGGUUACGUCAGCGCCACCGUUGGGUUUUACAUUGGGAUCCUUAUUGACCCCCGUUAUCCUAGAUGUGAUCGGACCGAAAAGGUCUCUUUUACUUGCGGCAUUGCCUCUUACAAUAGCUUGGUUUGGAACUGCGUUCUCUAAAUCUGCUGUUUUACUAAUAUUGAUGCGAUUUAUAGCAGGUUUAGCAGAUGGUGGAAUUCUUACUGCAUCUUUAAAGAUUCUUCCACUGUACGUCGGUGAGGUUUCGGACAAAGACAUCAGGGGAAAACUGAUCACGUUUCACACAAUCGUCGCCUGCAUGGGAAGCUUAUUCGUGCUUUCAAUUGGACCGUUUAUACAGUACCAGACUUUGGCGUUAACGUGCGGUAUAUUUCCACUAAUUUUUGUAGCUAUAUUCUAUUUUAUGCCCGAUUCGCCGUACUUUCUGAUCAAGAAGGGAAAACUUGUGGAGGGAAAGCGUUCUUUGAGGCGACUCCUGGCCGUUAACGCGAGCCAGAAUGCAAUUGAAGCUCGAUUAAAUGAAAUAGAACAGACGAUAGCUAAAAGUAUUGGUACUCGUAGAAAAGUUAACUUGUGGCACAUUCUCUCCGAGAGACAUUUCCGAAUAGCGUUGUUCUUCAGUUUGAAUUUAAAGCUGAUCUUCGGAGUUAGCGGAUGGACGACUAUUAAGGCUUUCCUGCAAACAAUAAUUGGUGCAGCUGCAAGUAGUAUAUCACCACAAAGCUCUAGCCUAAUACUUGGGAUUCUUCAGCUGCCAUCGGUAACUGUCGCAGCAUUCCUGGUUGACAAACUGGGCCGAAAAGCACUUUUGGUGGUAUCAUCAGUUGGUUGCGCAAUUACGAUGGGAAUAGUAGGGCUAUAUUUCUAUCUACAAGAUGUAGUGAAAGCGGAUUUGCAAAUGGUAUCAUGGUUACCAACCAUCUGCAUAGCACUGUAUUUGUCCUUUCUGCCAAUGGGCAUAUUUACAGUUUCCAGCGUAAUUCCGGGCGAAAUCUUUGCAGAUAAUGUUAAAAGUUUAUCCGCUGCCAUUAGCGUAACAUUUUCCGGAUCUUGGACGUUUUUGGUUUCGAAAUUUUUUUUACAAAUAUCGGAUGCGUGGGGAAUGUACGCGAUGUUCUGGAUUUUCAGUGCUGUGUGUUGCUAUGGUGCAUUGUUUGGUCUAUUUAUACUUCCGGAAACAAAGGGAAAAUCGUUUAUAGAGAUUCAAAACUCAUUAAAACAAAAAAGAUACUGUUAAAGUCUCAAGUGUAACACAUAUAUUCAAUA